CAGUCCACGGCCACGGCCACUACCACUGCCGUAGACUGGAACAAGUACAGCUACAUCGCCUCCGACGACGGGGGGUACUGGGAGCUCAAACCACAGUAUGCUUACCAGGGCUGUGGUCCCGCCAGGAUACCCCACUGCAAGCCGGCCGACAGCCACAACCCGAGCCAGCACCCGAGCCAGCACCGACACCCGGCCGCAACCGCCAUAACAGGCGACGCCGCGGAAACCCGCUACACCUGCCUCUCGCCCGGGUGCCCCGCAAAGCCCUUCAAGCGCCACGCCGACCUCCAGCGACACUACGCCCAGGUGCACCUCGACUCGUCGUCGCGGGACUCCCACACCUGCGACUACGCCAGGUGCGCGCGCUCGACCGAGCCCUUCGGCCGGCUCGACCACUUCCGCGACCACCUGCGGGACUACCACCAGGAGGACAUUUGCAAGCGCGGCAGCCAGGUCGACGAGAAGUGGCUCAAGGGCCGCAAAGUGUCCAGCCGCUGGUGGCGCUGCACCAAGUGCCUGACCCGCGUCGACGUCGCCAAGGCCCCCGAUCACGUUUGUCCCCGGUGUAAGAUGGUCUGCGAGGAUAAGAGGAAGCGCGUGCGUGGGUGG